CAAACGCUGUAAACUAAAAAAUAAUUACAAAUGGCCGCUAUCAGUGGAUUAUUUAUAUUGGGAUGAAAUUUGUUACUUACAAUUUUCAGUUCUGUAUGACCGACCGCUUUUGAAAUAAUAUAAGGAAGCUUCCUUAAAUGAAUUAAAUUCAAAGUUUUAGAGGUUCUAGAAAAAAUGGAUGUACCAGAAAGUAGUAAUGAAGUAACCCAUGAAAGCAAUUGUCAAGUGCCACUCUUAGGGGACACCAAAUUGGAUUCAUCAAAUCAGGACUAUAAUGAAAAUGAGAGCCUAUCAACAGACGAAAGUUCUAAGACAUUAUUUAACAUUCCCCUUGAAACACAAGGAGAGUAUGUAAGUCAGCUUAUCAUAAAUGGAGAAGUGGUCAACGAUAGCCAGGCUAACGUUUCUGGGGAUACAACAAUUGAAGCAUUGAGUGAAGUUCACAAUGACUCUAGUGAACUUGAAGCUAUUUCCUUGCAAGAUGGAAGUAUAGAGCAGGUGAUAGUGACUACCCUCAGUGAGAUUAUCAGUUGUGAGAAUGAUUCUAUGACAACAACUGCUUGUGCUAUGCAGUCUUCUAAAGAUCUGCAUUUGGUUGAAUCUUGUGAUGACAUUAAAACAGAAGCUGAAGUAGAUAUAUCAUUAAAGGAAGAAGAUAGUAGUUUGAAUUCUACAAAUGCUAUGUUAGAUGAAUCGCUACCAUCUUUUAUUGGCGAAAUCGAUGAAUCAGUCAGUUUACCCCCAGCAGAACCUUUGAUCUUGGAUCAAGAUAAUAUUCCACAUCAAAAUAUUGUAAGCACAGAUGAAAUGGAUGUAUCUGAAACUGAAAUCGCUUCAAAAAAUAUCACUGACAAGACUGUAUUGAAGAAUGUUGCUGAAGAUGAAACUUCCUCAGAAAAUGUGUCUGCUAAUGAAAUUGUUACUGAAAAUGUAGCUGCAAAUGAAAUUGCUACAGAAAAAAUAUUAGAAAAGGAAGGUAUUGCUGAAAAUAUUACCGAGAAUAAAACUCAAACUUUGAGUGAAAAUUUAUCCUCGAAUGUAAUUGUUACUGAAAAUAUAACUGUGAACGAAAUUGAUUUAACUGAAACACCUCAAACAGAAAUAAUCACAACUGGUGAAUCAAAUAUUCAGUAUACUGUGUUGCCUCCUGGCGAGAACUCAGUUUAUCAAGAAGAUGGGACAUUAGUUGUUGAAUAUCCCCUAGAUACUACGGCAAUAGGUGAGAGUCAGACGACAAGUUUGAGCGAAUUCAUUGGAACCCACAAAAUUAAUAUUACUGAAUCAUCUAUCUCUAAUGAUCCUCAUGUUGUAGAGAUAGUCGGAAAUCUUGUAAAACGAGAAGGUAAUAUUAUAGAAAUGGUUGAAGCUCCUUCUGAGGAUGAAAGCAUAUCUGCUGAAGUUGAAGUUGCCUCAGAUAAAGGAGAAACAGUUGAGAAUACUGCAUGUGAAAAACAAGCUGAUUCAAGCAAACCUCCUCCUAAACGAAGAGGUCGUAAAGCUACAGAAGGUAUUCCUCCUCAUAUUGUGGGUCAUCCCAUUGACAAACCAACACCAGAUGUUAUUAACGGCAAAGGAUUGAAACCAAGGUUGGGUGUUAAAAUUCCUUAUCGAAAAUUAGCUAGUCAAAUAGUGUCAACUUCUGAAUUACAAAAUCAUAUAAUAGAACGUGCCAGAUUGAAGGAAGAAGCUCGAUCCGAAUCAGAAAAGAAGAAUCUAUUCACACAAAAAUUGACACAUAGGUUGGCUCAAAGUCUUUUACCAAAAAAAGAUACUGCUUCGAAAACAAGUGAUAAAACUGAUUCUAAGGAGUCAACAGAGGGAGAUAUUCAAUUGAUUGAAAAUAUAUUGUCUGUUAUUCCUUCAACAGCUAGUGAAAAUCCAAUUGAGGAGCAAGCAACAAAUCCUAUUGAAAUUGUAGAACAAAUUGUGAAUGAAGAGACAUCUGUCUCAGAGAAUGUUUCAGGUAAAGAAAGUGAAACAGAAGUGGCGAUGCCUACAUCUGACUCAAUAGAAAAAGCUGAAAUUAUCUUUGCGGAAUGCGUUAAAAAUUCUACAAAUAUUGAAAGUAACUCUGAUCUUAUUGCUAUUCUUGAAGGUGAUGGAGAGGAAAAUUCACCUAUAAUGAAUGUUCCAAACAUAGUAGAAAUUGUAGAUACAUCAGAAAAUUCCUCAGAAAUAAAGGCAAUUGAAAAGGAGAUAUCCCUAACAGAACAGAAAAGUUCACAACCUUCAACCCCCCAAGUUAGGGAAAAGAAGUUCUUUAAAAGCCGAGAGUCUAGAAUACCCGAUGUUUCAAAAGAAAAGGCCAAAGAGAGUGCAUCUAAAGUAAAAACAAGUUCGAUUAAUAUGACACCUAAAGCAAGGGUGUUGGCUGGUAAAAAUGAGGAUCCACUAAAAAAUAAUAUAUUUGACAUUGAGAGUACAUCAGUUCUGAAGACACUCCCUAAAAGCGGAGAAUCAAAAAAAAAUUCUGUGCAAGAUCAAGGAAAAGGAAAAAGUUCAGGAACUGUGGUGGAAGUAGAGCCCCAAUUGAAACCAGCCAUGGUUCUGAAAACAUACACCAGAAAGCGAAAGUCCAACGAUGUCGCCACACCAGAGCCUCCUAAAAAGGCUCUUGUGGUGUCCACCCCUUCAACUCAAGCGGAGGCUAAGAUUGACUGUGUUACUCCCGCGCCUUCAAAUGUUUACGUGACCAAGAGUUCUAGAGUGAUCAAGCGGAAAGUCAUCUGGGAUCCUGAUGAGGCAAUGCCGUCUGUAAGAAGUCAGUCGAAGAUUCUCAGCAAGAUUGAAACAUCGGCCAAGACAACUCCCACGAUAAAAACAGCAGCGAUCCAGAAACAGACACCUUUGAAGAUCGCUGAAAAGAAGAUGCCAGAGAAAGAGAAACAGCCAGAGCCGUCCAAAGCCGUCGCAAAAACAGUUGAUAAAAAAAUAACCAAAAACACCCAGGAUGAAAAGGAAAGGAAAAUAAUUGUGGAAAAGCCAACUGUAAAGAAACCAGAGAAGCUAGAAGGAGUAAAGAAAACCGCGGUCAAGCCCCCAGAACCGGAGAAAAUAACCCCACAAACUAAAGUUGUAAUCACAUCUUCCUUGAAGAUCUCUCCUGCUAGGACUCCAAAGAAAUCCACCAAAAGAUUGACUGAAAUCGACAAGCUUCUCAUGGAUGAAGGAGCCGUGAACAUGCUUUAUGACAUAAACAAUUCCGAUGACCAAAAGAGAAGAGUGAGCGGGAGGACAAGUUCAACACCGACAGAUAAAGCUCAAAGUCAGAAAGAACUUCUCGAUCGAACACUGGAGGUCAAAAACGAAUUAACGCAAGGCACAAGCACCGUUUCGUCUACGCCAAAAACUUUACGCAAAAAAGAAGUCGUUCCUUCGGUAAAGAAAGAUAAGGAAAUGAAGGAACCUCAAACUACCGCUUCAAGGAAAAUGUCGAAGGACUCUACAAAGAGUUCUACCCACAGUCCACCACCGUCGCCGGCCGCUUUCACGCCUGCUGAAGCUUCCAGAAUCAUCAGAAGGCAUUCCAGCAGUUCAUUCUCGAGUAACGAUGGUUUGGCGCAAGAUCAGUCUGUGGACACCACUGAGAAGGAAAAAGAAAAACCGAGUAAAAAGAGAGAAGUUCCUGUUGAACAGCCUAGUGAAACUGUUGAUGAUGUAAACACGCAAGAAGAGCAGAAUAAGGGCAAAGUAGCCAAGAAGAGAGCACCAUUCCCUCCAGAAGCUCAACCGAGAAAAAAAAUGAAGAGGGAUGAAGCAGUCGUUGCGAAUGGAGAACCAUCAAAGCCUACCGAAAUAGUAAUCAAGUCGGAACCUGGUAUUAUUACUGGUGCGCUGAAGACCGAUCCUACAAAGGCUUUCACCGUCAUAAAAAUGAACAAACACUACAUGAUCAACCUCACGUAUUUCGGAGGAGAAAACUAUUUGAGUGUACAGCUGUUGCGAGAUUUGGUCGUGACCCUCAGAGAGCUCGAACGAACCAGAAAUUGCAGCGUUGUCUCGAUCAAUUCUCAAGGCCCCGCUUUCUGUUUGGGAAUCGACUACAAGGAAUUGGUGGAAUCCGACGAGGAGUUGAGACACAAGAAAAUAUUAGAAAUGUCGAACGCUGUGCGGGAUUUGUUAAAGUGCCUUCUAAAUUUCUCCAAGAUCAUCGUGGCUGGCGUAAAAGGCGAUUGCGUUGGAUUGGGCGUAACCAUGUUGCCGCUUUUUGACAUGAUAGUUGCAACUGACACUGCCAGUUUUUCUACACCUUACGCCAAAGUGGGAUGUCCUCCAGAGGCGGGAUUUCUCCUAUCGAUACCAUAUCAGUCAAAUCAUGGUUUGGCGUCCGAAUUAUUAUACACGGCACAAAGAAUGAAUGCAGAUGAGGCCCAAAGACGAGGUUUGGUCACAAAGUUAUUCUGGCCCGAAAAGUUCGACUCUGAGUUCAGAGGGUUGUUAACACAUAUCUCUAAUUUAUCCAAACCUGCAUUGAUGGUGACAAAAAGGCAACUGCGGCAGGCCCAUCAAAAGACUGCAGAAACGGGAAUUACAAGUAACUGCAAAUUACUGAUGAAAUAUUGGGGCGUUGAGGAGUGUCAAAAAGGUUUUUUGAACUAUAAUGCGCUCACAUUUGAUAUAGAUCACUAAAAGUGCAUCUAGAGAAUGUUCAUUAUUUUAAUUGACAGUGGUACAAAUAAUUUUUCAAUAUAAAAUAUUCAAAAUUGAUGGGUGUGAAGAGAAAGGUUGAAGAUUAUUUAGUCAAAAUAUGAGGGUAUAGGAAAAUUUCAGAUCGUGCAACGUGAUAUUUAAUGGUUAUUGACAAUAUAUAGAUACAUAUAUUAUUAAUCUUUUGAUAGGUUAUAUUGACACAAACUCAGCAUAUUAUGCCUAUAAUCUCCUGUUUUUGUCAGCCAUAUGUUAGCUAAACUCAUUUUUUUGGAAUAUUAGUUCUUCUAUUCCAUUGGGUUUUAUAUAUAGUUAUAUAAAAUUUUUCACAGAUAAUAUUUCUGAAUCAUUGUAUGGAAUGUUUUAAGAUAAUUUAUAAUUGUUAUUUUUAUUCAUAUAAAUAUAAUAAAUGGAUCUCUGUAAUAUUUUCAUAAUCAAGCACUAUUAAUUUGAAUAAAUUUAUUUCCUUUUCGAAUUAUUAUUUUCAAGUGGAUAAUUACUCAUAAAAAAAAUUGUUAUCUCCUCAUUGCCGUUUUGGGAACUUCAACAUUGCUCUAUAUUUGACUAAGAAAUCUUCAGAGCAUGCUUGACUAAAUCAAUAUGACGAUAAAGUAGGGAAACCGAUUUGGAAAUUAUUUUUUAUAUUUUCAUAAAAUUAGUUCAUAGGUGAAUAUCCUCAACGAAGGAUGUGCAUUGAACGUUCAAAAAACAAUAAGCGAAAGUGUUCUGUGUUUCUUUUAUUUGAGAAACGUUUGUCAACCUUGUAAAUAUUCUAAAAAACUUUUAAAACGGAAACAAAUUUUUUAAAGUUUUAUUCCUAACUUUCAGUUGAGUUUAACAUUUAACAAUCCGUAGAUUUGUGCUGGCUACUAAUGCCAAGUAAUGAUUUAAAAUUUAUAUUGUGUUGUCAAAGAAUGUUUUAACAUCAAUUGGGAGAUUUUUCUCGGUUUCUCCUCAUAUUUAUUACCUCAAAUACAAAGCUGCUCUGUAGUAGUAUCAAAGGUCCCUCUGUGAAGUCUCAACAUCUUUAAUGACAAACUUUAAAAAUUUAGUAGUUUUGUUAAAAAAUAAUGUCAAAAAAACUCAAAUUGAAAAUACAAUAUAAAUGUUUUUACCUAUUAUUAUAUCACUUUUAUUUUACAUAAAAGAAGAUUGUAAAAUGAUUCAGGCAACCAAAAGGCGCAAAUUUAAAUAAAAUAUGUUUCAGUUGAAAGAGUUUUUUCCAUUAUUCACAAAGUUGGCAAGCGUUUUUGAACUCGUCCAUUGAAAUACUGGGAAACAAAGUUAUCCUCCAGAAUUUAAGUAAUAAAGCCUGGAAUUAUGGUAGUUCAUUUCAGAAGAAUUUCUUUACACGUUAACACAAAUUUGAAUGAACAAAUUCUCUUAUAUUUGCUUAUGUGCAAGUAAAAAUGUUGAUGCCAAGUUGAAUAUAUUCUUUGGCAUAUUUUAUGGAAAAAAGUGUAUUCUAGUUGUUCAGUUUUCAAUAAACACAAUGUUGGAUUUUUUUAGGAAAUAUUGAUUGGUAUACUUAUAUGAACUUUUUUUCAUAGAAGAUGCUAAUGUAUCAUUGAUACUUUACAUAAGCCAACUCAGUUGAAUCCUGUAUAGUAUAUGUUCUAUUCCAAGCAAUAUUUUUUUAGUUCUUUAAUUAAUAACUCUUGUUUUAACCUUCUGGCUUAUCCAAUCUGUUGCUUUUUUUAUCCUGGAUAUAUUUGUUUAUGCGAAAAUACGACUGUUCAAGAGAUGCACAUCUUUAAAUUUGGAAAAACAUUAACAUGUUUCAUUCAAUUCAGAAGAGAUAUGGAGUCUUGGCCUUGAUCCAAAGAUUGGUGCAAUUCUUUCAUAGAUGUAAAUUGUAUAUGAUAUUGUUCAAAUUGAACGUUUAUUAGAUUUUAUUAGAACUACUUUGAGUAAUGUCAAGCGUUUCAACACGAAUAUUUUGCAUAUUGUAAGAAGAAACAAGUGGAAAUGAAUUAUUUAAAAUUCGUGUGUAAAUAAUUUCGGAAAGGUAGAUUAUAUGUUUUCGAAUCAUCGAUGUUCAUAUGUAAGAAAUACAUAAUGUGUUUAACUUUGUAUUCAAAAUGAAAUUCUUCUUGCAAAAUGUGAAUGCAAUAAUUGAAAUGAAAAACAGAAAUGGAGAUAUAUUUGAAGUCGAAUAAUUUAUUCAUUAUUGAAUUAAUGGUUUUUCAAUUAAUUUUGAAGUUGAAUUUGGUUAUCGCUUUUUGAUAUUCCGACUGAUUUUUGAGGGUAAUGGUCUACUAAUUAUUAUUAUUAUUCAGUGUAUUUGUUAACUAGUAGAAUGAUUAGGUGAUAAUUGUUCAGUUAGGUUUUUCUUCUCUGAAUGAUAUAUUCAGAACUGUGCACAUCUCUGUGUUUCUUCAUUCGAAUUUAUAUAUCUUUAACAUGAGUUUUAAAAGUAGAUAUAAAUAUAUUCGCAUUAUUUUAAGUGGUAGAAAUCAUAUUUUAUUGUUUGUUUAUGACCAUUAAAUGUUUCUCUAUACGA